UUUUUAAAUUGUUCCAGAAUCACAAUCAACAGUAGAAAUAGCUACAAAACCCGCAAGGACGGCGUUCCUGGCUCCACAUUUUCCGUGGCAUUCAAAAAUUACUUUGAUCAAAAUCAAUAUGAAAGCGUAGAAAAACACCAUGAAAUUGAGAUAGGCGUAUCGAAAUAAUUUUAUAGUUAUGCCUUCCUUGGAUGAGGAUGAACACCAAAGGAGCGCUGCAGAUCUCUUGACUAGCGGUGUUGGUAGACAUGACCGUUGUCUUAUAGAUGUGCCGCCAAAAUCGGAACUGCUCGCUGAAGACGAUGGCUGGGCGGAUGAUUGGCCCGAAGACGCAAAUGCUGAGAACACGCGUCUCAUCGAGAGCAAUGGCGUGGACGAGUUCGGCUCCAUCUCCCCGGCUGUGCCGAGCCAGGAGGAGAAGAUCCCGUACCCGAAGUCUGUGUUCUACAUCGUGGUGACGGAGGCUUGUGAGCGCUUCUCAUACUAUGGCAUGAAAGCAAUCCUGACUUUCUACCUGAAGUUCCGGCUGCUGUUUUCCGAGGAUGAGGCUACAGUCAUCUACCAUGCGUGGUCGAUGCUAUGCUACUUCACCCCUAUCAUGGGUUCCCUCAUUGCCGACCUUGCUCUCGGCAGAUACAGAACAAUCCUGUACCUCUCGGUGGUGUAUCUUUUUGGCAACCUCACCCUUUCCUUGUCUGCCUUCACGCCCAUUGCUCCGACACUACCGCGGCAAGUCGGGACGGCAAUGUUCGGUCUGGUGCUCAUUGCCAUCGGCACAGGAGGCAUCAAGCCUUGCGUCUCAGCGUUUGGUGGGGAUCAGUUCGUUCUCCCACAACAAGCUAGAGAACUCGCCGCCUUUUUCUCUAUAUUCUAUUUCAGCAUCAACCUUGGGUCGCUUCUAUCAACUGUGAUCUCGCCUCUCCUGCGGGAACACACAACCUGCUUCAAUGACCAAUGCUACUUCGCCGCAUUCGGGUUCCCGGCUAUUCUCAUGGGCGUCGCUCUCAUGGUGUUCCUCUCGGGAACACCUUUGUACAAGAAGGUUCCUGCAUCAGGCACCAUCUUGACCACAACGGCGUCAUGCAUCUGGCUUGGAGCGAGCGGGAAGUUGAAGGCAUUGACGGGCAAGGUUCCAUCACGGAUGCACUGGCUGGACCACGCCAGAGGGCGGCACGGUGACGCCAUAGUAGAAGAUGUGAGGGUCUUCACAUCCAUUCUGGUGCUUUACCUGCCAUUACCCCUCUUCUGGGCGCUCUACAACCAACAGGGCUCGCGUUGGGUGUUCCAAGCUGCCAAGAUGGACGGCAAGGUCGGCGCUAUUACCAUUCAGCCGGACCAGAUGCAGGUGAUCAACCCGCUGCUGAUCAUGCUACUGGUGCCGCUGAUGGAGAAGUACGGCUACGACCUGCUGGCUAAGGCGGGAUGGCUCAGGAAGCCCUUGCAGCGCGUCGUGGCCGGGGGCGUUAUUGCCGCGUGCGCCUUCGCUGUUGCGGCCAUAUUGCAGGCCAAGAUGGAGUACAACGACUCAAUGGGGCUGGAACGCAUCAAUGUGUUGUGGCAGGUCCCUCAGUACGUCCUCAUCACGCUGGGGGAGGUUUUCUUCUCGGUGUCGGGGCUGCAGUUCUCCUUCACUGAGGCGCCCGUGAGCAUGAGGAGUGUGGUGCAGGCGGCGUGGCUGCUCACCACAGCUGUGGGUGACCUCAUGGUCGUCUGGGUUGCCCACUCCGCUAAGCUCUCUUCUCAGACGUAUGAGUUCACACUCUUCUCGUGCCUCAUGCUGCUCGACAUGAUCAUUUUUGCUGUACUGGCGCACUUCUACUCGCCUUACCGCCCCGUACCGCACGCCGGCACCGCGCAGCCAUCCUCGGAGAGCGAUGAUGAGACUCUAGCUCUCCAUGGACCUAGACUAUCGACGCCGUUCCAGCCACUCGACCAUGACUCUGUGGUCCUGCCCGAUGACGACCCGACGAGUUACGCGCUGGACGACGAAGAGACGAGCGUCUAUGACUCAACGAGACCGCCUCCCGUCAGACCGCAAUACGAGGCUCUCAACGGCGCAUGAUGAGGCUCUCAACGGCGCAUGAUGAGGCUCUCAACGGCGCAUGAUGAGGCUCUUAACGGCGCAUGAUGAGGCUCUUAACUGCGCAUGAUGAGGCUCUCAACGGCGCAUGAUGAGGCUCUCAACGGCGCAUGAUGAGGCUCUCAACGGCGCAUGAUGAGGCUCUGAACGGCGCAUGAUGAGGCUCUUAACUGCUCACACUGUUUGAAAAAAAACGGGUUGACCGGCGUUCUAAUGACCGGCCGUCCUGUGAAAUUAGACUGUUAUGGUUCGUGUUUCAUAUGUUGACAUCCCAAAAAUACUGCGACAUGCCACCGAAACGCUGGUCGGAUCGUUAUUUUCUAGCUUGGUUAGAACAGUGCAGUAUUCAGCUGUAUACAUGUUGAUGUUGUGAACGUGUUUGAGCUGUGCAUGUGACUAUGGUUCUUAUUCUAUCAUUUGAAUACAAGCUGUGUGUGCGUCACAGUUUCGUAAAUGGUAUUUUCAUUGAUGAAUUUUCCGCUGUCGUCUAGAAGAUUGGCAUACCCAGAUAAUCAAAUAAUCGAUUUUACUUGAAAAUGUCUUCACUCUUUACAAUAUUUUUCCAGAUUUCAUCAAAGCUGGAAUGAAAACAAAUGUGAAUGGAUUGAUAAAAGGCUCACUUGUGUUAUAGUACUUGAUCGUUCCUUAGAAAUUUGAAUAUCGCAAGGACAGUUAUUCCUAAAAUAAUCAGAUUAUUAAUAAAUAAUUAAGAUUAUUUCUGGUAUC